AUGGUAACUGAAGCGUUGAAGAAGUAUAAUAUCCCAAUGAUGGAGGAGCUGAACCGCUAUCAAAAGCCUUACCCAACCUAUGUUGAUCAAACCCCAUUUCCACCGGGUUACCAAAGACUCGACUUCCCCAAGUAUGAUGGCACUGGCUCGUCACAACAACAUAGAGCCCAUUUCAUUAUAGUCUGUGGAAAUACAUCAAACAAUGGGCAUCUAUUGGUUCGACAAUUUGUGGAAACCCUUAGGAGAGCUGCAUUCAAAUGGUACUCUCAGUUACCACCAGGGUCAAUCUCAUCAUGGGUACAAAUGGAAGAAGAGUUUCGCAAGCGUUUCUGCGACAUAGAAAGGAAAGUGCAGCUUUUUGAGCUUCUUGAGGUGAAACAAAAGCCACAUGAGCCUGUGAUCGAGUACAUCGAAAGGUGGCACAAUCUGGCCAUUACACCAAUCGUCAACAAGGCAGUAGAAAUCGAAGGCUUGCUCAAGAACCAUGGAAGUAUAUCUGAGCCCUUCGCAUUUGUCAAAGAUGAUGACCAGUUAUCAGCUGCCAUGUCAAAUACCAUGCACUCCUCAUGUCAAAGCCAGAACAAGAGUUAUUCUUACGACAAGCGUAUGGUCCCCAAAUUGCUUGAGAACCUCCUAUCAGAGAGGAUGAUGGAGCUACCCGUGCUAAGAAGACUAAAGGAAGUCGGGAGAGAUGACAUGCCUGAUUGCUGCCAAUAUCAUAGGAGGCUUGAUCACAAGACCGAGGAGUGCCAUGCUGUUAAACACAUCAUCCAGAACUUCAUAGAUAAGGGAAAAUUGAAUUUGGGGCCUGAUUCCACACGUGAUCCAGUGUCACACAUGGUCAAAGCUAUACGACCCUAA